CGCGCCGGAAAUGACUGCAGAGGUCGCCAGGGUCCCCCGGAAGUGGUCGCUGCGGGCUAUCGCUACUGACUCUGACUCUUGGCUGGCGAUGGGUUGCGACGGAGGAACGAUCCCCAAGAGACACGAACUGGUGAAGGGACCGAAGAAGGUUGAGAAGGUUGACAAAGAUGCUGAAUUAGUGGCCCAAUGGAACUAUUGUACUCUAAGUCAAGAAAUAUUAAGGCGACCAAUAGUGGCCUGUGAACUUGGCAGACUUUAUAACAAAGAUGCCGUCAUUGAGUUUCUAUUGGACAAAUCUUCCGAAAAGGCUCUUGGGAAGGCAGCAUCUCACAUUAAAAGCAUUAAGAAUGUGACAGAACUAAGGCUUUCUGAUAAUCCUGCCUGGGAAGGGGACAGAGGAAACACAAAAGGUGACAAACACGAUGACCUCCAGCGGGCACGUUUCAUCUGCCCCGUUGUGGGCCUGGAGAUGAAUGGCCGGCACAGGUUUUGCUUCCUGCGGUGCUGUGGUUGUGUGUUUUCUGAACGAGCCUUGAAAGAGAUAAAAGCAGAAGUUUGUCACACAUGUGGGGCUUCUUUCCAGGAGGACGACGUCAUCGUGCUCAACGGCACCAAGGAGGACGUGGAAGCGCUGAAGAGGAGGAUGGAGGAGAGGAGGCUGAGGGCGAAGCUGGGGAAGAAAGCAAAGAAACCCAAGGCGGCAGAGUCUGUCUCAAAGCCAGGUGUCAGUGAAGAAUCUCCAGGGCCAUCAAAAAUUAAGACAGGGAAGCCUGAAGAAACCAGCCUUGAUUCUAGAGAGAAGAAAGCCAGCUCAGCUCCCAAAAGUGCAGCGGCAAAUGGGAGCUCUUCUGGAAAAGUCGGGAAGCCUCUGUGUGGAACCACAAAGAGGUCCAUUGCCGAAAGCGAAGAAUCGGAAGCUUACAAGUCCCUCUUCACGACUCACAGCUCCGCCAAGCGCUCCAAGGAGGAGUCCGCCCACUGGGUCACCCACACGUCCUACUGUUUCUGAAGCCGCGCAGGCGCCGUCCGGUUUCCAUGGGGCGGGUGGCGUGGGCGUUACUGCACCCUGUUCUCUGCUAGCUCCCCCUUUGCGCUGAGCUAUAAAGUCCCCCCGAACCUCGGAGCUGGUGUGGUCGCUCGUGCUUGUGAGGCGCCUGGGUUCCCACGGUGACGUGCUGGCCCUGCCCGCCCCCUCCCGCAGGCUCGUGCCCUCCCCACGGCCCCGGAACAUGCGUUGGCUGCACUUUUUAUGCUUGAGAUAAAGACUCCAGAUUCCUUGGGGUGUGUGGUUGGCCCAUUUUGCCUAAAAUUCUAAUGAUUUUGCUGCCAACUGUGGAACAGGCCAAGCGAAAUUGUACUUUAGAAAGUGAGCUUUACAUGCACUCCGCCUGCAUGUCUGUUUGCCGGCAGCCUCUGUGCCCUCUGAGCAGAGCUUGCCGGUCGAGUCUUUAGGGAGGGUCUUUCUUUUAUCACUUUCAAGACGAGAGCCUUUUAGUUGGGCACCUGAGGGUUUGGUAUAAAAAUAAAGCAAGUCCGCCUUUUCUCUCA